CAGAACUUCAAAAGAGCUUCGUUGGGAAUAGGACAGUUUCGAUAUAAAUUGUUUCCUCUUUCCAUGGUCCUUUAAAACCGCUGAGGAGAAGCCAACGCCGCGAAGGCUCGUUGAAUCGGCCAUUGCGAGCUACCUAACCUAGCACCUCGAAACUGACAAAUAAAUAGUGAAGGCCAAGCGGUAUUUCCUCAGGCGUGGAAAUUAGUUGCUGCUGCUUUCUUAAAAGGCUGUCGUACCUAUGUAGGAUCCCCAAAUAUCAUAUGUAAGCCACGAACCAGAGUAUACUGCAUAGCCCCUAAAACCAUGAAGUUGAUUGGAUGGGGGCCACGGUUCGCAGUAUAGAAAGGAGGCUGUGAUCGGUAAAUAUCUAGCCAUAAUAGGGCUCUGCGAGAGGGAGCUGAGACACCCUUGGCCUAUGAUGUAAGUUACCUACAAGGCAGACAGACAGACUUGUUAGGCUCUUUUCUAUGCAGCCUCGACCUCUUCUGCGUCUUUUAGGAAUUCCGAUUCUUCCUCGAAGCUACCUAACCUAUCGAAGUCGUACGCCCAAAUCAACAAAACACUUACUUGAUGGACGGCCUACGAGCACAGGCGCGGCAAAGAUUUCUACAAGAGCAGAAAUUCAAAGAAGAGAAUGCUGCUCUUUACGGAGUUGACAUACCGCUAAUAACGAUUGCUAGAUUCAAGACCGAGACGACGUUUUCCGACGUCAAGGUCCCCUGGAUCCAGUCUAAACGCUUUCUCGAUCGAGUAAACCAACCGAUUGAGGAUUCUAAUAAGCAGUCGCCCACAGCAACUCUGAAGCUUGUGAAAUUCGACCGCGAGAUCGACGGGACCUUGUUGAUUAACCAACAGCUCUUCAUGGAGGUAUUUCAAGACUUCGGGUUCGACGCGUAUUGGCUGCAUAUGCUCCUCUGUUCCGUAUACGGAUUUUUCCAGCUUCGCGACGAGGGUAGGAGUUGGUGUAAUUACUACCUCAACACCGUCUCUUAUACGCUUCUUUGGGUGCACAAGCCUUGCGAGAAAUCCACGAGGGUGAUUAUCAUCCCGCGAGAAGCCGACGGGGUUGAUGACCGCGACUCGAUAUUCAGCAACUUCCUACAGUCGAUGUACUAUCACAGGAGUCUGAUCGACGACUGCAAUUUCUGCUCUUUCCUCUCUACUAUACAGCUCGUCCAGUGGAUCGAAAAGUCGGUCAGCGAGAAUCUCGGGUUAAUCCGCUCUACUGAGAUACGGACCGAGCAUGGGACGUGGCUAGACCAAAGAAAGGCGAUCUUCCCCCCAGGAACGGACGAACUGGUAGAGAAGUCGAAAGAGAUGGGAUUAAGCCUUGCCGCGCUGGCGAACGUCGUUCGGCACGUUUCGCUGGCAGAGACGAUAUUUUGCAAUUUGCCUUCACGCGAGCAGCCUUCGCACGACCACAGGUUCACGUUUACCAACACAGCGGUGGCCCCGGUUAGUAGUGCAGACCAGAUUGCAAACGCUGUAGGAUUGUUGAGAGGCCAAGUCGAAUCCAGCAAACUCCAGGCGAACUACCUCCAAGAACGAGCCAGAACACAACAUUCCGUCAUCUUCAACCUCCUCACCCGCCACGACGCAGAAAGCAGCAAAAACAUAGCGCAGGCGGCCAAGCACGACAGCUACUCCAUGAAAACCAUAGCCAUCAUGACCAUGGUGUUCCUCCCGCCGACCUUCUUCGCGACGCUGUUCGCGAUGCCCUUGCUCCAGUGGCAGGACAGCACGGUCGUAAAGCCCAAUUUUUGGGUGUAUUGGGUUUUCGCCGGGCCUAGCACCGUGCUGGUGCUUUUGGUUUGGUAUUUCACUUCGAAGGAGGAGGAGCCUGUUGUGGGGGAUGGGAGCGACGGGGGGGGCGUGCAGGGCGGAGGGGUUGAGGUUGAGGUUGAGGUUGGUUCGUUGAGGAAAUUUGGAGAGGUGGAGGUGCCUUUUACGCGUAAGGAUGGGAUUAGAUCGAGGUUUAAGUGGCGUUAG